AUGCUCUGCCUGUCCUCUAUCGUCAUGUCCUCAUCCGUGGACGCAUUUAAGAGGAAACUUGACCAGUACAGGGGUAUGUGCCACCACGGUAUCGGAAACUGACAAAUUCUCCCCCCCUGUGCCGCCCUCCAGGAAUGUUUUACGUUACAACGCAUGCUACUCCCUAUAUUUACGCAGCAUUAUCUUAUGACUUUUCUGCUAUCUGCUGACCGAAGCAUAUGCGCUCGUUUAGAUAUUACUUGGUCCAUUCAGUACCGCAUACUGGUUAUAGUAAUUUUUGACACUGAAUGCAUUCAGCGACGAAUUUAUGCCAGUUAUAAAUGCUUGUUGUAUGUAAUUGCUUACCUUAUUUUCGUUGACACUUGCCUUACAUAUUGUUUUUCUAUGAUGCUACUGUAAUUAAAAGGAAGCUCGAAUGCGCUUGCAUACCUUUCCCUUAAUAAAUCUGAUGUGGUCAUGAAAAUGAGGGGACAGUAUUUUGUCGACGAGAGUCGUAUUUUCCGUUCUGAAAUGUACCUGCUAAACUUCCUAAUGCCUUCUUCUAUUAGUCUACGCGUAUUGACUACAGUGUGGUAGAACAUGACCCCGUCCUAAGAACGGAGACAAUGUGGUGCGGAUGGGGUCAUGGCACAGCCAAAGGGAUCGUUCGUCUUUUACUUUUAACACAACCGACUCAUAAUAUUAGAAAUUUCUGCAAUGCAGAUAACGUUCCUGCCGUAGAAAUACGUCUGUAAACAAUCGUGCAAGUAGCGUACUUGCCAUCCUUAAGCCCAGGGCAACGACUGUGAUUUCAGUGGGAGACUCAGUCUACUCCAUCCACCGGAAGCAAAUAACGGAAAUUAGCUGGUUUGUGCGAUUCCCUGUAAGGACAUGUUCCCGUCCUAAGGACCGGGAUAAAUAUGGAUGGAGGUUACUAUGGCCCGGUCUCGGAGGUCGCUCAUAUGUAAUUUAUAACACAACUGAUCAACAGCGUUGUAAUUUUCUCUCAGUACUUCCUGUUAUGUGUCUUCAGAAAUUAAAAUAAUACGGAGCAUCUUCUGAAAUUUUAAUAUUUGGCCCCGCAGCUUGGAUAAAGUUAAACAGGAACAGACACAGGGGCCAACAAUUGAGCUUUCAGAAAGCGACCCAGUUCAUUCCAGUGACACAAAAGAAAAGACGAUAGGUAAUUCGAUCUUCCGAUGGUUUCUGCAACUUGACUUAUGUAGAACGAACACAGACGAUACCUUUACUGCAAACAACUCGCAGAAUUACAAGCUAAAUGUGCUAUAAAUGAACGAUAUAUCGGACUGGGCCAUGCUCCCCUCCACCCCAUUUAAGCUCAGUUCAUAUGACAGGCAAUGUGUUACAGAAUUAGCAUGCCAGUUUCCGUCCGUCCACUUAUAAACAUGAUUUUGGUGACUUUUUAAGGACGACAAGGAGAAGUACGAAACCUCUAAAUACCACAGGCUACAAGACUUCAGUUAUAAUCUGUACUAUCUGGUGUCAGUUUUAUAGAAGUAAAAGUAAUUCAAUAGGAAAACGACGUAUACCACAAGGUUUUAACCUUACUAGUAAUCCACUAUAGGAAGCACAUUCAAAGACCUAUUCCAGACAAAAGUAUGCUUUAGCUACUCUCGCUGAUUGUGAAUUAGGCAAUGGAGAAUUGGCAGGAUUAAUAUGAUUUUUCAGGUAAAAAUAUCUGAUAGAGGGUUGGUGGUCAGCACCUAAAAUUCAAUUUUGCACGCAGACGGCUUUUGCGGCAAAUAAGGACUUUCAACACUUGUUUUAUCAAAAUCCUUGCCCCCGUAGAUUUGUUUUUUUUGAGUGCACUAUGUGCUUUGGCGCGUGGUUGCAUUUCGUGCAACUGGGCAUCGCGGUGAGGGUUCGCAAUAGUCGAGGGAGUGGCUAAUUGACUAAAGUUGUUGUUGUUGGAAAUAAAAGAAGGGGACCGCGACAACUGUGGCCGUCUUAUUUUAACAUCAAAAUUGUCUGUAAGAGUUCAAACACUCCUGUCCACUAGAUUGAACAUGUCACUCCUGGUUACAUCGUGGUAGCCUUCGUCUAGCAUCACAAAUUUGGGAGCUAAUAAUCAUAUUGGCCUCUGACGCCCAUAUUGCGAAGGGAGUGCUGGGGGGGGGUUGUGCAUGAAGAGACUACUGACAAGAGUCAACUAAUCAUAAAACUGGCAGAAGAAGCUAGCCCUGGACGAUCGUCCAGGGACAACAUCGCACUCGACUGCGAUGUUAUCAGGGUCAGCCGUGGUAUUGGUCACAUAGGUGGAGAUCGCUUUGUCUACGAAAACAGUGCUUACUUAAUUCCGAUCUGCCCAUGCCACCAUAAUUGCGUAAUCCUGUCGUAGACUGACCACCUAUAUGCAAACAUUUUACCGCGCAUUCCUGCCACCGACAUGCCUGCACGGAAAGUCCAUCCCGAGUUCCGUGAAACUUACUCGGGUUAUUAUUAGGAGCACACCAAUAGACCCUUGCACGCUCUCUCCAUUUUCAACAGCAAUAGUGGCUUGAUUAAACAUUUUUAUAGACAGAAUAUUCUAGGCAAAGGAAAAAACCUUUCCUCUGAUUUGCCGACUAACGAGGGAGCGGCCCACCACCUUGAAGACCGUUUGCAAUUCGUCAACUAAGUCAGGCGAGAAGACAUGUACCGAAGGCUGGCACCCUUAGGCGAAAUUUAAAGCCGAGUAUGAAAUGUACUUGUCUACUCCACGGGGACCCACCUUUAUUCCCAUCAAACCUCUGACUUACUUUGUUCUGUUCGGUGCUUUCCUUUAGGCAGCAAAUAUCCGUAUGCAAACAGUAUUCAAGCGUUUUGCUGUUAUGUUUCUCUUGGCUCAUUUUUUACAUCAGGUGCUUGGCAGUCAUUUUGCUAAUGUCAUGGGUGGAAUGAUACGGUCUCUUUUAAUCCUAUCUCUUGAGGCUUACCGUUUUCUACGUGCGGCGAUAAAGGAGUCCCAUACCUUGCUGCUUAUUGUAUGUAACACUUGUUUUGGGAACAUAGGCGCGCACACACGUACCUAUACCAGGAAUUCACAGAUUGAAGACAAAAUCUACUGAGGCCGAAAUAUUGUGAAAGUGGAGACCUUUUAUGCGAUAAUUCCUACCAAACUGUUCAUCGACAGUUUACUAGCCCUAUCAGGCACCGGAAUGCCUCGUAGAUUUUCCGCUUGAUCUUGCUACUCCCUUCUCCAAACAUCUGCCAGAUUUCCCCUCCACCCGUUGUAAAGCAGCACUGCUUGUGUGCUUUUAGCUGCCAGUGGACAAAACCGCCCUGCGGUGAAAUUUAUACCCGUGUCCAGAGCCGUUUCAUUAGGCUUUCAACUCUUGAUGGGCAGGCCGUGCGCCAAAGUGUCCCUUGUCACGGGGCUAGGUUCAGGCUUGGUCUUGGGAUCUGCGUUUUUUAUUUGGAGAAGUUCUGGAAUUCCACCACUUACUUUAUUUUUUCAGAUAAUGCUCGUGGUGCAGUCCUUGUUUCCACAGCGGCUUUUGCUGUGUUCGCCGCCUGCUCGAAGUAAGUUUCUCCCUGUUUGAUUGCAUUCUAACGAACAAACAUCUGUAGUCUGAUUUGCCGACAGAAGAAUAUCUCUGAAACUGCACGUGACAGACUCCCCUUCUUUGAAUAUAAGAGACAACUCGAUCAACGCCUAGCCCAGCGAAUUUCUACCGAAUCGAAGUAAUCUUGUCUGUGAGUCAGAACUUCGUAACUUUCGUCCCUCCCAAUCCUCAGUUACCUUUUAUCCGCGUUUUAUCUAAUUUUUGUGUUAUGAUAGCAAAUUCUUUUCUGAGCGUAGACUAAUCAGAUAUCUCAUUAGCGAUUCAAUCGCCGACGACCUGAUUCGUAUCUCCAUACAUGUGAUUCCUUCUUGUCCUUUCGGUCAUUUCAGCAGUGUAGUUAUUUUGGUCCUCGACAGUUGUUUGUGACCCUAAUUCGGUUAAUUAAAUGUACCAUAAUGGAAACGCAUACUGAGACAGAACCUUGUUCAGCUGCAGUACUUGCGCCUAUACCGACCGUCAUCAAACCCGAGCCAGCUGGCUUGGAUUCUUCUUUCUGAAGGGAUUGUGGCCUCAGCGGAAGUCCACGCCUCUGCUCCGGGUGCAGCCGCAGUCUUUAUUACUACGUUGGUUGGUGAAACCGUAUGGGAUGUCAGGCAAUAUUCGGCAUGUGGCGAUACCGCUCUAGGGUCUUACUCCUUUUUAAGACGCUUUCCUCGGGAUAAUUCUUAACGAGGCCUCGAGUUAUUUCUGCCGCGUAGCCCUCGACAGCCCUCGCAGAAGGCCGUUCCAGUAGUCGUCAUCCCUUGGUAUACAAAGUGUUUUUUGAGUAGACCAGCAAGCUGACCUCAUUUUAUGGAUGCCCCGUUUUUCCAUGGGUCUGCUUUGCGUGUCCGCCGAUAGCGGACGCUAAAACGUCUCUCCUACAGUUCGGUCCUCUGUCGCCGGUGGGACCGUCAUUACUGUCAUCAGUGGCUGAUCGCUCCCGGGCUAUGGUCGAAGAUCACAACUAAAGGUUGUAUUGACAAACCGGCUACUCCUCAUAAUCAAGUUGGGCUUCAGCGGCCCCCAUCGACAUAGAGAUUAGCAACUCUGCUCAAGGAGGAACAGGACUGGGGCAGUUUUCAUCGUGGUUUAUUCAGUCAGCUCUGUGCUGCAGGUUAGAAGUACUAGAAGUGGCCAUCCUUCAUUCAAGUCAGUAGAUGGGAGAUAUCCGAAUGAAGUUAGACCACUUGACACACCAACAGUGGGAACUCAGGUAAAAUGAGCAGCUUAAAGCUCAACGAAUAAACCAUUUUAGUGACUAAGCUUCUAUUGAUUGUGAGGAAGCGCGAACUGCGCUUAUUGACAAUGCCGUCUACAAUAGAACCAGUCGUUUCGCUCCUUAUUGUUGUGGUUACAAUAAUUAAAAUUCAUCCAACAAAAUUGUAAAACGUUCGGCGGUCUGGGUGGCGGGCGAGGCUUGAGUACAGCCAACGCUUCAAUCAUCGGCUCGUUAGUGGGUUCCCCAGCAUUCCCCGUGUGUUUUCUUGUAGAUUCUCCAAUUUAGAAAUUGUCGCUUUUUAAUUUCCACAGAAAUUAUCUACGAAAUUGGAGUAGAUCAGUUUAUUCAAGGUUUAUAGGCUCAGACUGACUACUAGCUGCCUGUCGCUAGUUAAUGAAUAAAUUGAACUACUCCAACUUCGUAGAUAAUUUCUGAGGAUAUUCAAAAGCGACGAUUUCUAAAUUGGAGUAUCUACUAGAAAACACACGGGGAAUGCUGGGAGACGCACUGACGAGCCGACUCCCUUGCAGCUGUGUCAUGCAGCGGCAGAAUAUCGGCGAAACACGCGUGUAUGGGCUUUUGACUAGUUCCUGAGCUGUUAGUAUACUAUCACCUUACCCUAAAGUUCAUGACUCCCAGUCGAGGCAGCACAGCCCAGGUGGUUAGAACACUGACUGUAUUCGGGCCUUGCCCUUAUUGUCGGGAGUUCGAACUCCGCCAAGACCGUUGAAUUUUUCACAAUUGGAUCAGAUGGAUUACUCAACUCUGCUAAAACACAUAUUUAUAAUUACUAUGAAUACAAAAGCUAAGCAGCGGCAUAGGAAAAUUUCACUGAUGAUAAGUUGAAAUAUGUCACAUGAACCGGUUAUCUUGUUUUUCCUACUUCCUCAGUAGUUCUCCUACCGCGUGAAUCCUGUGUGCCUGUUACUUCUGUGAUGCCAUUGUGUUUUAGGUAACGGAACGUGCCUCCACUAGAAAACAGCGUUUACCUGGACGAAGUGAAAACGUUGUUUCCAAAACAUCAUUCCUUUCCAGUCCUUUUUUUCUCUCUGACCCACUUUGCUUGUAG